AUCAUCCAAGUUGUGAUUUUGUUGGCAGAUACCGGUAAUAUAGUGCUUGGUGAAGAACUGGGCACAAAACAGGGGAAACUAAUUAAAUUUGAUCUCACUGAAACCCAAAAAGCCUUAGUCAAAGGUGAAGAAGUCCGUUUAUCGGGUUAUUUUACUCUCAAAACUACUACCACUAAACCUCGUAUUGUUCGUCCAAUCUUGCAGUUUCAACAGGUUCCAAUUGAUCUGCUUGGCGGAAAAUUGACCCACUUGUUCAGUCAACAAAUUAUUAUUGGGAAUCGUAUACCAGAUAAUAUUCAAGAUUAUUCAUUACUUCAUUUUCUAAGCACUGC